GAAAUUUUUUAUUUAGAAAUUCCGCAUAAAGUUGUUUUUAUGAUUAUAAGUAGCAAGUUAUCGUUAUUUGUGUAAAUAUUACGAAUUUAAAGAUAAUUAAUAGUAUAAUUAAAGUGAUGAUAGUGAUAAAAUAAUCAAGUAUCAUGGAUAAACAAAAUGAAAUGCAAAAGUUAAAAUUAAAUGAAAUAAGUCAAGGCAAUAAACCGAGUACGAAUGAAUCAGGAUGCAUCCACUACAAAAGAAAAGCGAAAUUUGUGAGUCCAUGUUGUGGGAAAAUCUACGUAUGUAGGUACUGUCAUGAUGAUCUUGAGGACCAUACAUUUAAUCGAAAGAAUGUAACGCAGCUCAUUUGUACCGAAUGUGAUACAAGACAAAGAGUGCAAAUGAAUUGUGAAAAGUGCGGUAUAAAAUUUGGACGUUACACGUGUCUGAUAUGUAAUCUCUUUGAUGAUGAUGAUAAAAGUCAGUAUCACUGCGAUUCUUGCGGAAUCUGUAGAGUUGGUGGUAAGGAACGAUUUUUCCAUUGUGCAACUUGCAACAUGUGUCUACCAAUUCAGCUCAAACUUGAUGGGCAUAGAUGCGUUGAGAAUGUAAGUCGUUCAAAUUGUGCUGUAUGUCUCGAAGAUAUUCAUACAAGUCGAAUUCCGUGCCAUAUUCCAUCAUGCGGACAUCUUUUGCAUCGAACUUGUUUCGAACAGCUUCUUUGUUCUGGAUAUUAUGCCUGUCCAACGUGUCAACAAUCUAUGCUUGAUAUGAAGCAAUUAUGGCAGUAUCUUGAUAAUGAAGUCAACAUUACGCCAAUGCCGAAAGAGUAUGAUAACUUUUUUGUGGACAUUCUAUGCAAGGAUUGUCAUCAGGAAUCUACAUUAAAGUUUCACGUUGUUGGACUAAAAUGUCAAAACCGCGAAUGUGGUGGAUAUAAUACAACGAGAACACAGAAACGCAAAUCAACUAAGGAACCAGCCGCAGCAUCAACAUCAUCAUCAUCUAACGAUAAUGACACAAAAGAUGAUAACAACGAUGGUGCAUGCUCAUCAAACAACAAUAAUAAUAAUACAAGGAAUGAAGCUUGAUCUUCGAUCUUUUCCAUAUUUACAUUCCGAACUAACAGACGAAAUCAUUAAAACUAUGAUGAUUAAUUAUUGCUCAUUUUUUUAAACCUUACUGACUUUUUUUUUAAAAAUCAUAACUUAAAUAAUGUAUUAUUACUGAUUUAUGUUGAGCUAGUUGGAAAAUUUAU